CCUCCGCCUCGCCUGAUCGCCUCCUCGACGCACCCAAAACCCUAGCUAAACCCUCGCUCCCGCGGCGAGGCGAGAUGAACCUGCCGAACCCGCCGGCGGGGGCCGCGAGCCGGCUGGUGAGGGUGGGGCUGCUGGGCGGCGCCGCCGUCUACGCCGCCUUCAACACCCUCUACAACGUCGAGGGAGGCCACCGCGCCAUCGUCUUCAACCGCCUGGAGGGCAUCAAGGACAAGGUGUACCCUGAGGGGACUCACUUCGUGAUCCCGUGGUUCGAGAGGCCGAUCAUCUACGACGUCCGCGCCCGCCCCAACCUCGUCGAGAGCACUUCUGGGAGCCGUGAUCUUCAGAUGGUGAAAAUUGGUCUUCGUGUCCUUACAAGACCCUUGCCAGAGAAGCUACCAACUAUCUACAGGUCCCUGGGGGAGAACUACAAUGAGAGAGUUUUGCCUUCAAUCAUUCAUGAGACACUCAAAGCUGUGGUUGCCCAAUACAAUGCCAGUCAGCUAAUCACACAGAGAGAGACUGUGAGCAGGGAGAUUAGGAAGAUCCUGACAGAGAGGGCUAGCAACUUCAACAUUGCUCUGGAUGACGUGUCCAUCACAAGCCUCAGCUUUGGAAAAGAGUUCACUCGUGCCAUUGAAGCCAAGCAGGUCGCUGCUCAAGAAGCUGAGCGUGCAAAGUUCAUUGUUGAGAAGGCUGAGCAAGACAAGAGAAGCGCGAUUAUUAGAGCGCAGGGUGAGGCUAAGAGUGCACAGCUUAUCGGUGAGGCGAUUGACAACAACCCUGCCUUCCUCGCUCUCCGACAGAUUGAAGCUGCCAGGGAGAUCUCCCACACCAUGGCAAGCUCAAACAACAAGGUGUUCCUGGAUUCCAAGGACCUCUUGCUUGGGCUCCAGCAGCUGAAUGUGGACAGCAAAAGCAAGAAGUGAAACAGUUUCUCUUGUCCAUGGGAGAGUACUUCUAAGCGAAUAAUGCAGUCUUUAGUCUAUGUCAAUAUCUGGUCUAGGACUUGCACCAAGGAAGAAUUUUUUUAGCACACGGGUGUAUAUACACCCAUUGUUUGCAUGUCAUCUAAAUAGUUAUCAAAAAAUAUGAAAAAAAUUGAUAAGAUAGUUGAUAUGAGUUCAACUGAACAAGUGGCAUCAUAUUUCAUUAUUGCAUUUUUUUGGGGUAUUUCCAAGUAAAGUGGAUGCAAUCUUUUUUGCUGCUCUAAGAAAUUAUAAUAUGAAUGCUCUCUUCGCUUCUGAUGUCUUUAGUUGCCAGUCCUUGUUAUAUUAUGAGUUCAGGCGCGGUAACGCAGGCUGUUUAAUUCAUGCAUGUUUCCUCUGUUA